GUUGCACCGCGUCUAUAAUCGUGCGCUUUCAGUGCCCUCAGCGAAUCGUCGUCUGACGUAUUCUGUCGUAUCCCUAGCGGAUACAGCGAAAUCUAUACGUCAAAAGAUACGAGCGGCCGUAUUUUGAAGGAGGUUUCCAUUUUAACCUCUCGGUCGGACCUACAUUUGGUCGUGCUGAAUUCAUCAUGUUGGCUCUUAUUAAUCGGAUCUUGGACUGGUUCAAGUCUCUUUUCUGGAAGGAAGAGAUGGAACUGACUCUCGUCGGCUUGCAGUACAGCGGAAAGACUACCUUUGUGAAUGUCAUAGCGUCUGGACAAUUUAGCGAAGAUAUGAUACCAACUGUGGGCUUCAAUAUGCGUAAAAUUACAAAAGGCAAUGUCACUAUAAAAGUAUGGGACAUCGGUGGUCAGCCAAGGUUUAGAUCAAUGUGGGAAAGAUAUUGUAGAGGAGUGAAUGCCAUUGUGUACAUGGUAGAUGCGGCAGAUUCUGAGAAGAUUGAGGCCAGUCGCAAUGAGCUGCAUAAUUUGUUGGAUAAACCACAAUUAUCAGGGAUACCAGUGUUGGUUCUUGGCAAUAAAAGGGAUCUACCUCAUGCGUUGGAUGAAAAUGGACUCAUAGAGAGAAUGAAUCUGUCUGCAAUUCAGGACCGUGAAAUUUGUUGCUACAGUAUUUCGUGUAAAGAAAAGGACAAUAUUGACAUAACGUUACAAUGGCUCAUAGCGCAUUCUAAAAGCGGGGUUCGCUAAUAUCCUUAAAAUAUCCCAUUUGUUAGUAUCUGAGUCUUUGAUACUGAUAACAGUAUUGGGAUCAAUCGUGGAAGGAGCCCAUCGAGCAAAGUUUGUUCAAAACUGAGUCAUUAUUGUAGAAAACUACUUUAAACUUAAGCUUUAGCCGAUCUGAGUUGGGAGGUACGAAUGCCGCAGUAAAAUUUAACAAAAAAUGAAAAAAGAAGAUACAAUGCUUAAUGCCAAGUACGCUCGUGUGAAUUAUACCAUAAGGCACAUCACAUCCCGCGAGCACCGUUAGUCGUAAGGAACAGUUUUUUAUAUUUUCGUUUAUAGGUAAGUCCAAGAGUAUAUUCCAGUACCCAAUAACAAUUAUAUAUAAUUAGUAUCUCUGUAUCUUUUUCUAUGAUUGCUGCUAUUGUAAAGCUGAAGUAAUACCGACAUAAUCGCAGUUAAUUAUUGUGAUAUUAAUAGUCUAGAUGUCGAUAUUCUUAUUUCUUCUCUUGUACUCUUGAAGGAUACCAAACGUUUCAUGUGUAAAUUAGAGAAAAUGGUAGCUAAUACGAAUUACACGCGCAAAGAUAUCAUUAUUGAUUACUAUAAUAUAUAUAGAAUACACCUUCUCGAGGAACUUUAAUAACAAAUAAAAACGAUAUUGCAAACAGUGGAUCAUUGAGUGUAUCCAAUGGCAAGUUGCAUGUAUAGAUCUUCAUAACGUUAACUUAUAUAACCAUUCCUUUGUUUCCUCCGACUUUGAAAAAAAAAAUAAUCCCGAAUCCAUACUGUUUAUAUGCGUUUGUGUGAAUCUUCCUAUGAAUCACUUUUUUUUAUUCAUAUCUAUUGAUAUAUAAAGUUUCGUAGAGUAUACUUAGAUCUCCCUUGUGUUUCACAGGUUUUGGAAUUAAAACAUUUCAAAGCACGUAAAGCAACUCGAAAGGUACAGAUGAAAUAUCAUCGUGAAAAGUAAAAAGUAAAAACUCUAUUGCAUGAACAUUUAUAAAAUAGCCCAUUUGCGAUAGAAUCAAUAAAUCUCUAACUCCGAAGAGAUAUCAGGAAGUUCAUGUGAACGCAUGCUCGCACAUCUUUCACUGUUUUCUCCUAUGAAUCACUUUUUUAUUCAUAUCUAUUGAUAUAUAAAGUUUCGUAGAGUACACUUA